AUGGCGGCUCCAUCGCAGGCGGAGCUAGACGACCCGCUGUUCAAUUUGCGCCUCAGCAUCACCUCCAACAAUGCGCCUAUACUCGCAACGACGCCGGACCCAUCGGGGCCCUCAGACACGGUCACAGAAUUGUCGCAAGCUACGCACAUAUCCUUCAACGAGCCCACAUUGCACGGCGCUCAUCAUAAAACCUUCGAAUUUAACACACCUACACGUUACGCACCCGCCGAGAAGCCUAUCGACCUGCGCAGCAUAUACUUCGCCUGGCUGAACAAAGAUGCGUCAGUCACCGACUACGUCGCUGCGGUACAAAGGCUAAAUGAGGACCUGCCGGGUGGUGCUGGUGGCAGUAUCGUGAAUCUAGGUUUCGCGCACAAGAUCGAAUUGAUCAGCUGGCUAAGCGGAGAGGUGGACACGAGCGACAACAUCAAGCCUUUGGAAAGCGGCGCAGCAAGCGCUGCGGCUGGCGAUGCUGCAGCGAUUGCAGGCGGAAAGGGUGUGCCUGUGCAGCAAGGCGCAACAACAGCAGCGGGACAGAAAAUGAUGGAUGCACGGUUACUACAAAUCUACGACGGCGAGCGGAGAAUGGGCGACCAUAACACCGCCCUGAGAGGAACAAAGCCAAUCGACUUUUCAUCCUACCGCAAACUCGCAACCUCCUUCCUCCGCUCCCAUCCCUCCACCAACCUAAAGAAGGAAUCCAUCCCGCAAAGCCUCCCGACCAACAUGAAAAAGCCCGCCCGCCGCAUCGAACAACCCAUUAUCCUACUUUCUCCCUCCGCCUCCUCCCUCCUGCGCAUGUCAAACGUAAAGUCUUUUCUCGAAGAAGGCGUCUUCAUCCCUCCGUCUGCCCUCGACUCCUCCUCCAAUGCGACCUCCAACCUCCUCCAAAUGACGCGCGUCCUCCCAUCCAUCGAUCCCCGCGUUGCCUUCCGCUUCAUCCUCGUCGACGGCACAGCCAUGUUCAAGCCGAACUAUUGGUCACGCGUCGUGGCUGUAUUUACUACCGGUCAAAGCUGGCAGUUCAAGAGCUACAAGUAUCCGAAUCCGAUUGAGCUGUUCACCCACUACCCCGGUUUCUACGUGGGGUAUGGGGGCGAGGAUGAGCCGGAGAAUGUGAAGGCGUGGGGUAGGGGCAUCACGAGUGUGCAGGUAGAUAAAUGGACAGGGAGUGAGAAGGGAAGGUGGAGGGAUAGGGAGUUGGUUGAGAGGAUCUGGGUAAGGAUCGAGGAGGGGAUGAGGAGGAAUGGGUGGACGAAGGAUGGGCCGGGACUGCAAGGGCAAGUGAGGUAG